AUGGUGUAUUAUCUGUGGAGGAGGAAGAGGAAGAGGAAGGGUCGUAGUCAUUACGAGGAGCUGCUCUCCACAGUGCCUUCAGUACCGGCAUGCUGUGCUCCGGUGAUCCUGGUGUCUCAGGGCUCCUUGGCCACGCCCCAUGAGAUCCCUUUCGCCUUGCCUCCUCGCUUUAUCACACAAAACCAUGGUAACCUGAAAAAGGAAGAGGAGAAGGAAGAGGAGAAGGAGAUGAAGAUGGAGGCCCAGAGGGACAUACUGGCUCAUCGUGGGUCGCUCUCAGUGAGGAGAUGGUACCCAGUGGGGACGGUUCUGACCGGCCUCUACGCUGUUGCUCCUCUCAACGAGGUGGUGGCACCUCCUCCCGGCAUGGCCACCCGUCUCUGCUUCUCCGUGGAGUACCGACACGGCAGCGAGCAGCUCGUGGUCUCCUUGCUCCGCCUCGGCAACCUCCCUCCCCGUUUCCACGGCAACGUCACGCUGGUGGAGCUGCGGCGUCUCCCUGAUGACCGGCGGCCCCGCCAGGCCAAGGCCCGGGGCACGGGGCCCGACCCGGAGUUCAACGACUGCUUUGUUUUCCAGGUGUCAGGUGUGUGCGUGCCUCAGAGCACCCUGAGCGUGUGUGUGCUGAGUGUGGAGCAGGACGGCAAACGCCACGCGGUGGGCAGGGUGCUGUUCCCUCUGGAGGGGGAGCUGGGCCAGGCUGGCAGGGUGCUCUGGAGGGACCUGGAGACGGAGGACCACACACAGUGUUCAGAGCUGGGUGAUGUGCAGGUUUCUCUCAGCUACAGUCCGUCUCUGCAGCGCCUCUCUGUGGUCGUUCUGAGAGCUCGAGGCCUCCAGCUGCUCACAGAUGCAGGUGUGUGUGUCCAGGUGAGCUUACAGAUACACACUCAGGUGGUGAAGAUGAAGCGCAGCAGCGUGGUGAAGAGUCAAAACGACCCCUAUUUCCACCACAGGGUGACCUUUAAACUGCGCUCGCAGCACCUGGACGAGGCCUGUCUGAGAUUCGAGCUGCAGCAGCCGAACGUCGUCCGCUCAGAGCCUCCGGCCCUGCUGGGAGUGCUGGUGUUGGGCCCCUUCAUGUACGCCAGGGGCCAACAGCUGCAGCACUGGAUGGACAUGGUCAACACGCCACAGGAGCCGGUUGAACUGUGGCACGGACUGGGCAGAGCCACUUAA